AUGUCUGCCGACCACACCUACGAGCUUCUCUGCUUGGAGAACCCACUCCUCGACAUCCAAGGCCAAGGAGACGAUGCCGUGCUGCAACAGUACGGCCUCAAGGCCAACGACGCCAUCCUCGCCGAGGAGAAGCACAUGACGCUGUACGAGGAGCUGAUCCAGAACCGGAAUGCGAAGCUGCUGGCGGGAGGAGCGGCUCAGAACACGGCGCGAGGUGCACAGUACCUCCUCCCUGCUGACUCGGUAGUCUUCUACGGCUGCGUCGGAAAGGACAAGUAUGCCGAUAUUUUGCAAGACGCCAACAAGCAGGCCGGUCUCGCGGUUCGCUACCGCUACGACGAAGAGCAGGCCACUGGCCGGUGCGGUGUCAUUAUUACAGGACACAACAGGAGCAUGUGCACAGACUUGGCGGCUGCCAACUGCUACAAGAUUGAGCACUUGGAGGAGAACUGGGGCAUCGCAGAGAAAGCCAAAGCAUACUUUGUCGGCGGCUACCACCUGACAGUCUGCGUGCCGGCCAUCCUCAAGCUUGCCGAAGAGGCCGCGAAGAAGAACAAGCCGUUCAUCCUGUCGCUAUCCGCUCCCUUCAUCCCGCAGUUCUUCAAGGAGCCGCUCGACCAGACCGCACCUUACUGGGAUUAUGUGAUUGGCAACGAGACGGAGGCCACCUCGUACGCUGACUCGCACGACCUCAACACCCACGACAUCCCGACCAUUGCCAAGCACCUGGCCAACCUUCCCAAGGAGAACAAGCAGCGCAAGCGCGUCGCCAUCAUCACCCAGGGCACCGAUCCGACCGUCGUUGCCGUCCAGGGCGAGGGCGACGCCAAGUCGUGGCCGGUGCACCCUAUCGGCAAGGAGGAGAUCGUCGAUACUACCGGAGCGGGUGAUGCCUUUGCCGGCGGCUUCUUCGCUGGUGUCGUCCAGGGCAAGGAUAUUGAUUCUUGCGUUGAUCAGGGACAGUGGCUCGCAGCGCAGAGCUUGCGUGAAUUGGGUCCAUCGUACCCGUUCCCAAAGAAGACCUACACCGCCUCGAAAUAG